AUGGCAUCCGAUAGUGUCAACCACAUAACCUUCACUGAAGUAGAUGAGACCAAUCAUCCGGCAGCUACUUAUAUCUAUUCAGAAUCCCCACUUCCCACCACAAGUCAAGGGGAUGCCUCCAAAACUAGCGGACGCAUUGAUGUGAUGAACCUUUCUUCCUCCAUUUCAUCAUGGUCUUUAGCAUCUCUACUGAACCUCCUUACUGAUGUCUUCCUCCCUGCUGGAUACCCCCACAGUGUCAGUGAUGAUUAUGCUCCGUACCAGAUUUUCGACUCCCUCCAAGCCUUCAGCAGUUCCAUCGCUGGUCUUCUCUCUUCGAGGGCAGUAUUGCAAGGGGUUGGCGUAGGGAAUGCCAAUGCCUCUCCAACAUCUGCACUUCUACUGCAUAUUCUACAGGACUCUUCUGGUCGGGUUGCGACCAUCCUCUUCGCUCAUCGAGUCGGCACAGCCCUCGAGCCGGAGUGCAAAAUGUACCGACUAACAGCCGAUGUAUUCAACGACGUUGCGAUGGUGCUGGAUUGUCUCUCUCCGAUGGUCCCCGCAGGAGUUGGCCGAGUUGCUGUUCUCAGCACAGCCAGCGUUCUACGGGCCAUGUGUGGUGUUGCUGGGGGGAGCUCCAAGGCGAGCCUAAGUGCGCAUUUUUCUCGAUGGGGGAAUCUCGCCGAAGUGAAUGCUAAAGACUCCUCGCAAGAAACCAUCAUCUCCCUCAUUGGCAUGCUUGUAUGCUUUGUUCCCAACUGUCUCUAUGCACUGCAAUCACUCACAAAAAUGCAGGUCGGAUCAUUUGUCGUUUCACGUGUCACGAGCUACGUCGCAACAUGGAUUGUCUUGAUCCUUCUUCUUACACUCCAUUUAGCCCUGAACUAUGCAGCAGUGCGCUCCGUACAAAUGACGAGCCUCAACAAACAGCGAGCGAAUAUUGUCUUCUCAGCCCUAUUCGAUUCGGACCCUGGUUUCACUAUCGAUGGUUUUGACAGCAACUAUCCCACCGAAGGGAGAGAGAAAGAGAUAGAACAUGUCCAAGCUAAAUGGUGCACCCUAUCUCCGGCGGAGGUGGCCAAACGAGAAAGGAUUUUUGAAAUGGAUGGAAGGCUUAAAUGGACUUCUACCGCAUUUUAUCCACCAAGGGCACAUAAAUUAGGAUUCUGCCGCAUUGGAAUAUCUGUCCAAGAGUUUCUAAUUUCUUCAUCCUCCCACAUGUCCUCCACGUCCCUGAAAACCUAUCUCCCUAUAUUCCGGCUCACCUCCAUCUUCAAGGAAGAGUCAUACAUUCUGGCCUUACACUGUGUCAACCGUACCUGGCAUGCGGGUAUUAUUCUGAAGAAUACCAGCAAUAUCGAGACACAACUCAAGGCGUGGGCGCAUGCCUUGCUUGCUGCGCGAGUACUGUCUAUACCAACGAGUGAAAGUGAAACUCAAACUGACACGGCGUAUAUCAUAGACGUCAUAUCGAAGACAUUGCGUUUCCUAAAUGAAAACGAUCGUUGCAGUCGGUAUAUUCUAGCCUUAGCGCAUGCGGGUUGGGAUGUGAGCGUUGGUGCCUUGGAAACAAGGUCCAGGCGAAGAGUCAUAUGUGAUAAUUAG